GGAAAAAUAAAGCUACAAAUAUUUACACUGCUUAUUUUGUAUGGCUGUACUACACGAUAUGUCCAUGUGUACGACUAGGUACGCACCUGGGGUACGUGUGUAGGUAAAACAGCACGGAUAUUUUGUCACAGUCAUGACUAGGGGUAUCCCGCAGUUUAGAAACGUGGUAAGGGAUAACAAAACGGGCCGGUACCGUGCCGGGUGUUUAUAAGGUACGCCUACUCAUCAUGAAGAAAGCACCUGCCGAAAGUGAAUGUUAUCACGAAGUGUAACUGACAAGUUUAACUUGUUGCCUGGAGCUUAUCGCAAAUAGAAUAGAGACCUUAUCUGUAAUGGCGACCGGACUAUCUACUCAGUGACAGUAAGUUUGUUGCGAUGUCAUGUGCACACGUUUAUUGUGUGUGUCAGUACGGAAUAAGUCUAUGACAAGACAUAUCGAUGAUAGAUAGUUUCAAAAGGUUUUAUCAAGGGAUAGGAAGUAUUGUGAUUCACAACAAACACUCGGGUGACCUGGAUUUAUAUACAUACAUGUAUGCUGUGAUGUAAGAAGAUCAACAAGAAACAUCGAGUGUAUAGUUCUGUUUGAAUUACAGCGUGUGUGUUCGUACGCCUUGUGUUGUGAAAGUAUUCUUAAGGAAGUAACAGUUUUUAAGUUGGAUGAACAGAUACAUAAUAUGUAGAUUAUAUACUAACGAACCUAUUAUGAGUAGAUAUUAUUUUGAUAAUACUACUUAAGUAGUAACCCUUACUGUAAAGUAGAGCGGACAGACCGUGUGACAUACACUUUGGACUAAGAUGAUAAAGCCAGACAUAUGGAUGAACAUGCAUAUGAAGAUCCUGUGUCCCCGGGAGGUGAGGCGGUGACCCCUCCCAUACAUCGCCGUCUUCCUCUCCUUUGCAAAACAUUGUCAGGUCAGUCUGAGGAUGAGAUAUUCACGAAGGAAUCCCUGUCCGAACGAUUAAAUCUGUCCGCCACUGAACUGGACAUCGUGUUCUCGGCAGUGGACAGUGACGAGGAUGGGAAGAUCCGGAAGAAAGAUCUGACUCUGGACCUAUCUCGCUUUGCCCCUGGUCAGUCCACCUCAAGAUCUCCACGGUCAUCGCCGAGGAUGCGGCAGCGUAUACGACUGGACUCUAUGACUGAUGUGGCCAACAGCUUUGAUGGACUUUCAGAGCAGAGCCAGGAACAAGUCUGUGAGCUGUACCAGCACCUCCACGCAUCUGAAAACCCGGAACUUCUCGAAAACUUUGAAGCCAUUAUCCUCGGAGUCAUAAAAGAUGUUCGUGGAUACAAGACGGAGAACGAACGUCUGGAGAAGAGCUUCCGAAGGGAGAAAGACCAGCAUGAGAAACACCUUAGAAAUUUGGAGGAGGAAAUGGAAAAAGAGAUGAAAAAAAUGGAGGAAACAGUUCGACAGAAGGAACAGGAGAAGGUGAUGGCAGAGAAGGCAGAACUCAAAAAGGAAGUAGAAGAAGAGUUGAUUACAUUACAACAGAACCUUUCCAUUAUGCAGGAGGAGGGUAAUGGUCAGAAAAACAAAGAGUUGGAGACACAUCUUUUGGACAUGAAAAAACGUUUGGAAGAUAUGGUUAUAGCCAAUCGACACCUGAAGAGCGAGUUGACGGACUCUCGCACAAACAUGGCGCUCGUCAGGAGUGAACUGGUGUCGGUACGCAACAACUACACGGACAAGUGUCGGGAACUUCAUCGUGAGAAGGAGACCGUGAUGGACAUCGUGAAGGAACAAGAUAAUCUUACCCGCCAGCUCCAUCUUCUACAGUAUGUAUCACAAAGCAAUGCUAACCAACAGCUACACGACACGAAUGAUGAUUUACUGGAGGCGGUCAUACACCAAAGUGUCCCCAAGUAUAGCCCCACCCCUAUUAUACAGAACCAUUCUCGGUCGUCCUCUAACGCUUCUUUGAUAGAGAGAGAACGGCGGGGAUCUCUUAUGAGCGACUACAUACAAAGUGGUCCACCCUCUAUGAAAUCAUUGAAUCUCAGUCGGGGAACCUCCAUUGCUGAAGAUGAAUUACUCGAAGACGUCAUUUCCAUUUCCGGAUCUUUACCUUCACCACGUAUAAUUCGAGCACGACUUCCGAGAGACGAAACGUGUGAAGAGGACGAUGCUUGUGAUGAUCUUGCAGACAGCGGGCACUCGACACUUCGGGACCAGAAUGACAUAGACUCGGAGUCGGAAAUAAUUCAAGACCAGAAUAUCAGACAUAGCAACACACGCAAAAACAGACUCAACCGCAGAGCCUACGUCGAUGUCGACGAUGAGGAUCCUGACUCUCAUGACGAGGACUCGGAAAGUGAAGGACGUUUUGAGCGUGACCCCAGAGUAUACAAGUACAGAGAUGCUAACCGUCUUCCUGUAGCACCAAACAAGAGAGGAAGUGCCAGAUCACGGAGUCGUGACAAUCAGGCCGGAAGGGACUCGGGCGGCUCGGGAGGUCGCCGAUCGCUGAGAAAGCAGCAGACAACCAAAAAGGAGAGCAUGCGGUCAGUCAGUCGUGAGCCAGAGAGGAUGUACAAAAUCGUACUGGCUGGGGAUGCAGCCACAGGCAAAUCAAGUUUCAUCAUGAGGCUGUGCAAAGGCAAAUUUGUAUCCAAUCUCAGCUCAACUCUGGGAGUGGAUUUCCAGACGAAAGUGAUGGAGGUAGAUGGUCGUACUAUAGCACUUCAGCUCUGGGACACUGCAGGACAGGAAAGGUUCCGCAGCAUCGCCAAGUCGUACUUCCGGAGGGCUGAUGGUGUUUUCCUUUUGUACGAUUGUACCUACGAGAGAUCCUUCCUAAGCAUCAGGGAAUGGCAGGAAUCAAUAGGGGACAGCGCUCAAAAGAACAUCCCUGUUAUGUUGUGUGCAAAUAAAACCGAUUUAAGGGAGUCUAGUGAGAAACAAGGGCGGAAGGUUGUCCACUACGAGGACGGACAGAGACUGGCUAGGGAGUGUGAUAGCCUGUUUAUAGAAACCAGUGCCAAGGAUGGAUCAAACGUUACAGAAGCUGUCAUAGAAUUAACGAGGUUGAUGAGAGCCAAUGAAGAUUUGGAAGUGAAAACAGUCGGCCUCCAAUUAGCUGAAAGUAAAAACGAAAGCAAGUCAUCGUGCUGUGGAUAAGCGACAAGAGUGAAAGUAAAUUAAGUGCAUAAACACUAUAUGAAGUCAAAUUGUUCGUCUCGGAUGUAAGGAUGCGUAAAACAAGCUCUUCAGAUAAACUAGUAAGUACAAAUCACUGAUAUCCUGACAUUCGAGGUAUUUUACUUCAUAUUCAUGCAUGAAGAGUGUUGCGAAUUGUUCGCUUGAUCACCAAGGAUAACCAGGAGUUGGUCAAUGAAAUGACACAUGACUGCAUAUUUCAAUGAGUGGCACAAUCCACAGUCUUCUGCUAUUGUCGCACUUCUGGAUAUAAUUUUGGGGAAAACACGGUGUGUGUUUGUCAGCAUUUCUUGACCUUGAUCGACCAAUUGUAUAAAAUAAGUUUUUUUAACUUGCCAUGGUUUACGGGUUGUUUCAUUCCGUAAUUAUAUGUAUGACGUUUUCCAUGUUAUUCUAAGUAAUUGUGUGUUACGUGGUUAUCUACACGGCAGAGCGAAGACAAGGCUGGAUACUGCUCUUUCGAGGAUAGGUAUUAUAUGUAGAUUUUACUCACAUAUCAUGUAACAUUUCAGAUUCUGCAGUGUGUCUUAAUACUAAUUAAUAAAGAUGUGUUUGUCAUUAAAGAGUCAUUAUACAAUAACAUUUCUAUGGCGGUUUACGACGUGUAGAGAACUACAACGCGUACGUAGUAGUUACUACGUUUAUUUAGCAUAGCAAAGUUGUCUUCGUGCCAUGUUGAUUAAGAUUUAAAAAUUUACAUUAAAUCAUUUUUUUUUUAAUUUUUCCAAUGCUAAAUGUUAACUUUGCCUAGUUCCUGACAAGAGAAUAUAGGGCACUGCUGUCAACCAUGAUGAAAUACCUAUCAUUUCGGCUUUCUGCAGUAUAACCGGUCUUGAGUACCAUGCCCAUAGGUAUUUGGUUUAUCUACAUGUAUCCACUAAACAUCCUCGAAAUUCAAUGGGGUUUAGCUCACUUGCGUUCUCUGCACCCCUGGAAUAAGUCAUGACAAAAUUGAAGGGUCAGUGUGCAUCACCUGGUGGAUGAUACAAGAAAACAUUUUUAACCUUUUAUACCUCAAAAGAAUUUCGCGGAAGCAUAACUGUAAAAUUGACCGGCUUUGAGGUCAGAUGUUGCUCCUUAGUUAUCUUCAAAGAAUUGGUGUCAGCCUAGCCAAUGAUCAGUUUAGUUCAGCCUAGCCAAUGGUCAGUUAAGUUGGGUUUUUUCACAUAAAACCAAUCAAAUAGUUAGCCGCAUGCCUGCAAUUUUGCCAUGACAUUGUCCGGAGCUGAGGUACAGAGACAAUAGUGAGCGAAACCGUUGGAAUUCCAAAGAUGUCCACUGUCAAGAGGCCAGAAACUGUGAUUAUCCUGAUCUGAUUCGAGUUGUAUGUCGUUAAAACAACUGUACCUUACCAAUAAAAUGUUAGUUUGCUUAGCUUGUACAGGUCAGGAAUCACUUGUUUUGUGACAGUUCUCCUUUGAAAUGGGUAUCAUUAUAUUUAACGUUAUACUUGUCUCCCUUGGUUGUGUGUAAGAAACACUAAAGUGUUCUUAUUCUUUAGUUUUCUUUACUUAGAUAGUAUACAUCUUUAAAGUCUAGUCAUUUUUGUAAAUAUUGUAUUUAUUUAAAUAACAUAUCGAGCUACAUCACAUUAUAUAAUUGUUUCUUAUCGUUAAAUAUUUGAAAUGUUGUUAUUAUUAUCAAUUCCUAUGUUUAGAGCUAUCGACAGUAAUAUCUAUAGCUGAGUUGGUUGUUUCUUCAGCUAGUAUGACAAUACAUAUUCAUAAACUUGAAACUUUGUUUCUAUUUCACAGUUUCUCUGUUAAGACACAAAUUAGGAAAAAAACAGUUCCUUACUUGAACCAAAACUCAAUGCGAUUCAUUCGACUUUGAAUAAAACAUAUUUGUGAUUCAUUUGACUAUGAAUCAAAGCUAACGGCAAUUCAUUUGACUAUGAAUUUAAGCUAAUUGUGAUAUGCUUGACUAUAAACCAAAGCAUGAUUAAUUCCUCUGGUAUGAAUUAACUAAGAAUAUCAGAUUUGGCAAACGUAGUGCUAGCUGUUACGAUAAUUUCGCUUUAUUAUGUGUUUUUUUACAUAUAGAGUAAAACAUGUCAUAUUCAAACAAUACUAAGGUAACUACCGCCUACUGCAGUAGGAAGAUUUUCAUAUUCUUCCGGUUUAAUUAACAGUGGGACUUAGUUAAAAAAAGUAUGCGCGUUCCACAUUACGAAAGAUGUUAUAUUUUAUAUGUAUAAAUGUAUGUAAAUUCGCUUUCUGUAACAUUUAUUUAUUUGCACAAUAUCCUCGUGUUAUACAUCUAUAGCUAUAGGUUUUUGUAUGUUAAUUGAUAGACUACGUUAUAUAAAGCUGUAGUUUUUUGUAUCUUAAUUACUAGACUGAACUAUAUAUAGCUGUAGGUUUUUUAAUUUAAUGACUAGACUGAUCUGUAUAUAGCUGUAGUUUUGUGUAUAAUAAUUAUUAGACUGAGCUAUAUAUAGCUGUAGUCUUUCGUACCUUAAUUACUAGACUGAACUAUAUAUAGCUCUAGGUUUUUGUUUAUUAAUUACCAGACUUAGCUAUAUAUACCUUUAGAUUUAGUAUAUCAAUACCUCGAAUGAGCUAUAUAUACUGUAGCUGUAGGUUUUUGUAUAUUAAUAACCAGACGUAGCUAUAUAUAGCUGUAGUUUUUUGGUAUAUUAAGUACUAGACUGAGUUAUAUAUAGCUGUAGGUUUUUUGGUAUAAUAAGUACUAUACUGAGUUAUAUAUAGCUGUAGAUUUUUGGUAUACUAAGUACUAUACUGAGCUAUAUAUAGCUGUAGAUUUUUGGUAUAUUAAGUACUAGACUGAGUUAUAUAUAGCUGUAGUUUUGUGUAUAUUAAGUACUAGACUGAGUUAUAUAUAGCUGUAGAUUUUGUAUAUCAAUAACUCGAAUGAGCUAGGUGUUUUUAUAUUAACUACUUGACUGAGCUAUAUAUACAUUGUAGCUGUAGGUUUUUUGUAUAUUAGGAACUUAAUUACUGGAGAUGUUUUGUGAUGGUCAUUAGUUAAACAUCUGAGUCACCGUUUAUGAUAUUUUAUAUUGUAUAGAAUGCUUCUUUCGAGGCAGUGUAUUUCUUGUGAAUUUGAGGUUAAAAGUAAAUCAAAUUAUUUAACUUGACAGCGAUUAUUUAGUUACAUUGUCUCAACCGAAAACGUAUCACUACGCGAAAAGGUAGAUAUGUAUUUUUCCAAAUAAUGCGAAAAUACCACUGUGCGAAAUCAUGUCACUAUACAGCAUAUUACUUUGUACAUUAUAUCCAUAUGUAUAACGUUAUAAGGUAUCUUGUUAUGCAUAACCAUAUAAAGUAUAUGUAUAUUUAAAACAAUAUACAAUAUAUCACUGUGUAAAAAAAUAUUAUAUCCCUGUGUAUAACGUUAUGUAGUAUCUUGCUCUUAGUAACAAUAUACAGUUAAUAACUACGUUUGUAAGUGUUAAAAUAUAUAGUAUUUUAUUAUGAUUGGUUGUUUAUCAACAAUUCUAUGAUGAAUGUAGGUACGACUUAUCAUGUGAUUUGAGCUCAUCCUUGGCUGUUUUACUGUAUAUAGACGUAUGAUAUGUACAAUAUAUUAUAAUGUUAAAAUGUUUACGUGUGACGGUGUGCAUGCUAACCAGAUGAGAUAUUGGUGUCAAAAAUCUGACAGGUACAAUGUAGAAAGUACUUAUAAUAUACACUUCUUGUCAGUCACUAUUACGCGUAUUUGUAUAUUUAAUAUUUAAUCUAUGGAGAGGCUGGAAAGUCAGAGAGAUCUGGUAUGUUGUGGAGAGGAGUGACAGAGGAGAGUAUAAAGUCGUGUUUUAAUUAACUUGAGAAAGAUUUGAAUUGAUUAACACGAGUAAAUUUACUUUAAACAUUGAUAAUAAUACGAUGCUUAUAUGAAUUGAGCAAUAGUGCUCUUAAAUUAAUUUUUCUUUCUAAUAUGCUGUGUUUCUAACAUGAACCGUUUUUCAAACAUGAUAUGCACUGCCUUUCGUAGGAAAACUAUGCAUGUGUCAAUCAAGAAAUCUCGCUUAUGUUGUAAACGAUUUCCUGGUGAAAAGAUUUGUUUAAUCACGUACUUCCCUUGGUUUUGUCUCGAUUAACUCUUAAGUGCAAUUUAUCAUCAAUCAUCGGAGCAAUGUACUUACCAUAUCAUGUUUAACAUAGUCGUAUCUCUGAUGGUAGGAAUAUAUCAGAUUCGGGAGAAGACUCAUAUAGGCACUGCCUGUUGUCAAAUCCUUUUGUUAACACAACAACAUUUUGUUGAAACAAAAUGGUAGGAAUAUAUCAUGUGUGUAUGACAUCUGUCUCUAUAACUCUCAUUAAUUGUAUAUUUUAAUCACAUCUCCAUUUUCUGUUUCCAUAUAGCUAUCCUAUUGUUCCUUACUACUAUCACUGAAUCAAAAAAAAAGGCAAAAGCAAAAACAAAAAUCUUUUGGGCUAAAAACGUAUUCCAGAUGUAUUUCUACAAUCUUAAUACAUUAACAUAAACUUUCAUAAAACGUAGGGUAAAGUUAUAAACUGGUACAACUAUGAUUCUUAAAACUGGAAAAAAACAUGCAUGUCCUGGAAUUCAGAAUGUCCAAUUUGGAUAAUUAAUACAAUCAUUAUCGUACUGCAUGUUUUAAUACAAAUGCAUUUCGGACUUUUCAAUGUUGCCAAAAUGAAAAUAGUAACAUUGUGUUUUUAUAUAUUAAUACAUGUCUAACUAUGUGUAGUGUUUCUUGGCUUAGUACAAUUAUUUUGAAUCAUUAUCGUGAAGAACAUAUGCAAUCCUGUGUGACAAACAUCUUCAAAAAAGAGAUUGGUUAUGAGUGGUCAUUCUGCUUUUUAAUUUUUACAUAAUCUUAAAAUCCUAAUAUCUGAGGAAGCAUACAUAAUAAAGAUUUAUUCUGGCAAUAAACAUAUGAACAGGAUUUGCGAUUUUUUGAUACUCGGUGUGUAAUAUAAAUGUAUUCUUUGAUUUAUAUUGUAAUUUCACUGUUCAUAGUUCUAUUUUUUCUUCUAAGCAAUAUUUCUGCGGGUUUUUUACAAUGUGCAUCUUCUUCAUGAUCCAAUUGUUUAACUGUCAUCGAAUUAACUACAUUAGGUUGGAGGAUGUUCCACAUGUCAGUAAUGUUAUUGAUUAAUUGUCAAUCACCAGCAGCAAGAUGAUUUCAGGUCAUUAUUUAAAAAAAAAACAUUAGUUUUGAAUUAAUAACUACUUGGUACUUACAUGCCUUUCAGUUAAACUUCCUUAUUGAACACCAACAUAUCUCAAAUACUUGUUUAUUUCGAUUUUAAUAAUUGGCGACAUAACAGGGUUUGACUCGAAGUAAGCAAUGACGUCGACAUUGUGAGGUUUGGCUGCAGAGGAUUCUUUGAAUAAUAGGCUUCAUCUGUUGCAUGAUGUACGUAAAGGAUGGUGUUUUGUCCAUGUAUAUAAUGGUUAUGUUCUAACUUUAGACAUGUUUAUUGCCCCCGAAAAGAUUGACAUGAUAACCAGAGUUUUCUCCCUUUAAACACUAUACACGGGCUGGUCCAGAGUAAUGAGUGUUAUGGGUAUGAAGCAAUACUUAAGUGUUUAAAGCAUGAAUUGUUGUCUGUUAUAUUUCGGGAAAAGAAAUAGGUCAAUAAAGUAAUUCUGCUUAUUA